GAGGUUACAGAAGCUUGCUGCAUAGCAGCCAAUGGUGGCAACAACGGAGGGAAGGGAAAUGGAAAUAAUGGGAAUGGGAGUUGGAGUCGGAGCUGCUUCUUCCUUAAAAAACAAGAAUCAUCCGACCACCCACGCACUUCCACUUGCACCCCUCCAACUCAAGCUCCUCAACGGCGGUUAUGCGGCGGGUACUCCUACUGGUAAAAAGCACUAUACCAGUCCUACAAAUAAUUUCCCUCGCCUGACCACCCUACUCCAACACCAUCAUCUAUAUCAGCCUUUCACCUUUACAUCAUCUGCCUCCACGAAUCUCAACCAGGUUCUUGUUCGGGAUGACGACGACGAUGACAUCCACGCUCUGUUUCAGAUUCUUCCUUGCGAUUUGCGUAAUAUCCUUAUGCAUGACUCCAAGCAAUCUCAGCUCUUAGAGGUGAUCUUGGACCUGGGAAAGUUGCCACAAGCAUGCUAUGCUGGUGAUUUUGGGAGGCAGGUUUUAAGGGACACUGAGGUGACAAUAGAAGAGCUAGAGUAUGCUCAAAAUGCAAUUGGGCAAUUUGGAGAUGAUAAUAGAGCUGGCAUUGUGGGUACCUUGCACCGCAUAUCUGCAAUUAGGAGCAGGAAAGGUCAAGUUAUUGGUUUGACAUGCAGAGUUGGAAGGGCAAUCCAGGGGCAUGUUAGCAUGGUUAGGGAUUUGCUUGACUUCAGUGAGAGCAUCUUGUUUGUUGGAAGACCUGGCGUAGGCAAAACUACAGUAAUGCGGGAGUUAUCUCGCGUCCUGUCGCAUGAUCUUCAAAAGAGAGUGGUGGUUGUUGACACCAGCAAUGAAAUUGGAGGUGAUGGGGAUGUUCCACACCCUGCAAUAGGAAGUGCAAGAAGAUUGCAGGUUCCUGAGCCAUCUAUGCAGCACUUAGUUAUGAUUGAAGCAGUGGAGAAUCACAUGCCUGAGGUGAUUAUAAUUGAUGAGAUUGGCACAGAAUCUGAAGUUAAUGCUUGUCGAACUAUUGCAGAGAGAGGAGUUAUGCUUGUAGGCACUGCUCAUGGUGAGGGGCUGGAGAACAUUGUCAAGAAUCCUAUCCUAGUGGACCUGAUUGGUGGAGUGAAAAGCGUAACAUUAGGUGAUCAAGAAGCCCGAGUAAGAAAUAGCAAAAAAAUCAUCUUUGAGAGAGUGGCUUCUCCCACAUUUCCUUUUUUGGUUGAGGUUAGGGAGCGGGACUAUUGGGCCAUACAUCGGACAGGAAGGAGUGUGGAUGCUUUGCUUCGUGGGAGGAAAUCGUUCGUUGAGAUUAGGAAAAGAGAUAAAGACAUGAAAAUCAUGAUUGAAAGAUGGAAGAUGGAAGCCUGAAUUGUCACUUUGGGAACUGCUAAUAUCAGUUUGAUCCUGUCAGCAGCUUGCACAGAGUUCUUGACGAAUGGAGGCUUUUACUGGUUUUUUGUUGCAUAUGAAGGAAGAUUGAUCUUGUAAAGCUUUGCAUAAAGUAGGUGGUCAGAUUUUUAAUGAUCCUAGAAUCCCGUCAAGAAGCUUAUUGGGUGACUUGGGAUCUCUAACCAACUCCGACUUUCAUCUUUCAAAUCCAUUGCAUGAGAUCUUACCAGAGAUCCUAGAAAAUUCAACGAGAUCAGUAACUUUCAUA